GACAUUGUGAAUGAGCGUUCCUGCUUGUUUGGGAUAGGUAGCGACGGAAAACGCAUUUGAAAUAUCAAACUUUCUCUAUUAGUUUAUUGAAAAAACACGAAGCUAAUACCCCAAAAUGGCUUCGAUAGCAGCAGCUCAGGUGCAAGAAGUGCGUUCGAUAACUCGCAUUGAACGUAUCGGAGCGCAUUCCCAUAUAAGAGGGUUGGGUCUAGAUGAUUCUCUGGAACCUAGAGCCGUGUCCCAGGGUAUGGUGGGGCAGAAAAUGGCCAGGAAGGCCGCCGGCGUCAUCCUACAGAUGAUUCGAGAAGGCAAAAUAGCAGGUCGCGCAGUAUUACUCGCUGGGCAGCCGGGUACUGGCAAGACAGCCAUCGCUAUGGGCCUUGCACAGGCCUUGGGACCUGACACACCGUUUACUAGCAUGGCUGGCUCUGAAAUAUUCUCACUGGAAAUGAGCAAGACAGAAGCUCUCACACAGUCCAUAAGGAAAUCCAUUGGUAUAAGGAUCAAAGAAGAAUCAGAGAUAAUUGAAGGUGAAGUAGUAGAGAUUGUGGUGGAACGAGCGGCCGGGGGUGGAGGCGCCAGGGUCGGACGCCUGACCUUGAAAACCACGGACAUGGAGACCAACUAUGACAUGGGUGCCAAAAUGAUCGAUUCGCUAUUGAAGGAGAAGGUGCAAGCUGGGGAUGUUAUAACCAUAGACAAAGCUACGGGUAAGAUCAACAAACUGGGCCGGAGUUUCGCCAGAGCGAGAGAUUACGAUGCCACUGGUCAGCAGGCCCGGUUCGUCCAGUGCCCGGAGGGUGAACUCCAGAAACGUAAGGAGGUCGUGCACACGGUGACCCUGCACGAGAUCGAUGUCAUCAACUCCAGAACGCACGGAUUCCUAGCGCUUUUCUCUGGUGACACCGGGGAGAUCAAAUCUGAAAUUCGCGAACAGAUCAACGGUAAGGUGGCUGAGUGGCGCGAGGAAGGCAAGGCUGAGAUGAUUCCUGGAGUCCUAUUCAUUGAUGAGGCACACAUGUUGGACAUAGAAUGCUUCUCCUACCUCAACCGGGCUCUGGAAUCCGAGACCGCGCCAGUAGUUAUAAUGGCAACGAACCGUGGAAUCACCAGGAUCCGAGGCACCAACUACAAAUCCCCCCACGGGAUCCCAUUGGACCUCCUCGACAGGAUGAUCAUAGUACCGACUUCGCCUUAUUCACACCAAGAGCUUAGGGAGAUUUUAAAUAUACGAUGCGAAGAAGAGGACUGCCAAAUGUCAUCGGAUGCGUUGACGGUGUUGACCCGCGUGGCAACGGAAACCUCUCUCCGUUAUUCUAUACAAUUAAUCACCACUGCUUCACUCGUCGCCAAGCGGAGGAAGGCUACUGAGGUAAGCAUGGAAGAUGUCAAGAAAGUCUACUCCCUAUUCCUCGACGAGCAUCGUUCAGAGCAGUUCCUGAAGGAGUACCAGGAUGAGUUCAUGUUCAACGACGGAUCUGGAGAUGCCCCGCAACUUAUGGAAGUGUCGCAGUAAUCGUAUCAAAAUAUGUAAUUCCAAAUAUUUUAAUUCAAAACAUUGUCGUCAUUAGAAUUUACAUUUUUGUUGUAAAAGAAGUCGCCUCUAAGUUACUUUUAAGUUUUAUUAUGUAAGUUUAUAAAAUAAAUGUGUAAUGAAAUUGCAUUUUUA